AUGCCUUCGCUCCUGACUGGUCUUUUUCGUUUUCCAAUCCUCAAAGGACGCCCACACUCGCUCGUUCAUUACUCAUUAUGCGUGAUAAUGCACGCUUGCACACUCCUUCGUUCUUCUUUUAAGCGACCACUGUCGCUCUCUUUCUUUAUCUCAUCAAUAUCAGUCUCUGCGUCUCCUUGGGACGGUUUUUUUACAGAUGGGGGAAAUUCUCCUUUCAACGAACGGCAGACGUCUCUCCGAUUCCCUUCUCCCAACUGGCUAUUUGCUUCUCAAGCCCGCCGACGACCUUGA